AUGGACGCUUUGGCGCAGUGCCGCGCCGAAGCGCAGCGAAGGUUUUAUGCCAAGAGGGUAGGCUCUAGUUUGUCCGUUGACAGUGCGGCGACGCCCGCGCCCUCCACCGAGGCGGGCCCUUCGAAAUUGACUGGCGAAGAGCCUUCUGAGAAGGCUGCUAUCGCUGAGCACAUGGGCUCCGCAGAAUUCGCGGAGCUGCUGGAGAUCCUGACCGCUUCGGGCCGGGGGGUCCGAGGCUGCCAAGUGGACCCAGCCCGGCACAAGCUGCAGGCGCUCCACGACGUCGUCGGGUGGACCCCAGGCGGCUACACGACGAGGCCCAGCCCGGAGGCGCAGGACAGGAAGAGGGACGACAGGCUGCAGGUGCUCACCAACUACCGUCAGCCCGACCCCGAGCCUGGCCAGCCCCCCAUCGUGGCAAUGUACGACUACAUCUGCCACACUCUUUUUGACGUCCCAGUGCGCCCUGUGGGGCCAGAGGUUCGCGUCCCGCAGAUGAAAACUCUGCAGGGCGACAUCGUGACUCCUCAGUGGGUCGAGUGCGACUGGGCGCAGUUCACGGCCUCGCGCGCAGGGCGGCCCACGAAGGUGUUGCGGCCGAAUAGGUACCCGUAUCAGCUGCGCCCGCGGCGCACGGGCUCCAGCGCCGACGCGGGGCACGAGCUCCAGACGAACACGCAGCAUUGGAUCCUGUGGUACUUUCACGGCCCGUGCGAUCCGCUUCCGAGCCCUGCGGACGCCGAGAUCGAUUCUGACGUGUGCACCGAGCUGUUUAAGGUCGUGACGGCGGCAGGCUUUGACCGCUUCGACUACAUAUGGUAUCAUAAUCCGGGCAUCAGCGUGCCCGAUGUUUACCACGUCCAGGUGUUCUGGCUUGUUACCUAG